AUGUGUCCCAGCACAGACCACCAUGAUGGACUUGAGACAUCCUGCAGUUGUUUGCUGCGUUAUGAGAAUCCAGACCCCCAAUCUACUAUUUCUGAUUCUCCCAGUGGGCUCAUCCAUAAGUGCAUCAAAUGCUGGAAAACCCAGCAUUCCCCACUUCUCCCACGGGAGAGGGGGCGCUUUGUGCAGUCUGCAACUGUGCCCCCCGCCUACAUGCUGCAAAACGGCUUCCUGGAGCUGAACCUCAAACUUCUGGUUGGAAUAAGAAUUGCCUCGUGCAAGCUUUCUUUGGGAGGGAGUUCAGUUGGGUCCGGCUCAAUCGAAAGGAAAGUGCAAGGAAGCAAUUUUGCCAAGUGCCUCCACCAUUACACAAGCCGUUUCGCCGUCCCACUGGAAGCGAGGUCAUUGGUGAUGUGGCUGCAGGAAUGGGGCAUGCAAAGUGACUGUUACGUCCCGAGCCUGUUCAGUCCAGUUGAGGACAAAGUCAGUGCCCUAAAGGAAGCUGUGUCAAUCUUGGCAUUGGUUUUGAAAGCUCGCCCAUAG